AUGAAAAGAUUCGUCUCAAUUCUAUUGAUUGCCUUGACAUUGCUUGUGUUUGCACUCUCAUUCACUAGUGAAGUAAGUGCUGAAGAACAAGCAUCAACUCUCUCCUUGUACAUUAGAAAGAACAAUAAGGGAAAGUACAGAGUUAAGAGAAGAAACAGACAGAAUAGAAAGGUUCACAAAUAUUUGGACACCUACGGAAAGAGAAAGGGCUGGAAGAGAAGAUAUGGAAAGAAGAGAGUUAUCAGAAAGAAGAUUGAUGUCUAUGGAAAGAAGAAGAGAAAUUACAAUAGAAAGAGAAGAUUUGAUACUUAUGGAAAGAAGAAUAGAAAAUAUAGAAAGAAUAGAAAGAAUAGAAGAGGUGGAAAGAGAAACAAGAAAUUCGAUCUCUACAAGCGUAAAUAA